CAAUACAUAUAUGCUAUGGUGUUUGCGGUGGAAGAGAUCAAUCACAGUGCAACUUUGCUGCCUGGUGUGAAGCUUGGCUACCAUAUACGUGAUAGCUGUGGCCUUCCCCCUUGGGCUAUGCAGGCAGCUCUGUCACUGGUUGGAGGAGACAGUGCCAGUGAGCAGACUGUUUCUUUGAUUAUCGGUGGCUCCUCGUCCAAAACAGCUCAGAUACUCUCCAGAAUCCUGGGGCCACUCACUGUACCUUUAAUGAGUUACACGGCUAGCUGCCCCUGUCUGAGUGACAGACUCCAGUAUCCAAACUUCUUCAGGACCAUGCCCAGUGAUAUUUACCAAGCCCGAGCUAUUGCCCAGCUUUCCAUACGCUUCAAUUGGACCUGGAUCGGAGCAGUUGUAGCAAAGAACGAUUAUGGUCUUGUGGCCAUAAAGGUUUUUCAGGAGGAGACUCAGGGGGCCGGCGUGUGUCUGGCAUUUGUAGAGACUCUCCAAAGGGAAAACAUUGUGAGUGAUGCCAGACGAGCAGCCCUCACAAUUCAGGCUUCGACUGCAAAAGUGAUUCUGAUCUUUACCUGGUACACAGAUGUGAGGGAACUGUUCCUGCAACUAGCCAAGAUAAAUGUGACUGACAGACAGUUUCUUGCCAGUGAGGCUUGGAGCACCAGUGGUGAUCUACUGCAAGAUCCUGUCACUUCUAAAGUGGCAAGAGGUGUUCUGGGUGUGGCCAUUCGAAGUUCAGCUAUACCUGGAUUUGAAAAUUAUAUCAGAAGUUUGAACCCAUCUGGUCGUCCUGAUGAUAAGUUCUUAAAAAAAUUCUGGGAAAAGAUGUUUGGUGGGACAGAGUCCCUGGAUGGUGUGCAGAAUCACUUCACUGAUAUCUCCCAGCUUAGGGUGACAUAUAACGUCUACCUUGCUGUUUAUGCUGCAGCCCACGCCCUUCACAGCCUCUUGUCCUGCCCUGCUAGAGAAAGCUCACCCGGAAGCAACAACUCCAGCUGUUCCUCUCCAAAAGAUAUCAAACCCAUAGAGCUGUUGCAGCACCUGAACAACGUGAAUUUCACCACACCACAAGGUGAACUGUUUUAUUUCCAAGGUGCCGACAUUCCAGCAAAGUACGACCUUGUCAACUGGCAAAACACCCCUGAUGGGUCACUCAAACUGGUUCUGAUUGGUCGUGUGGACGGGUUUGACCUCCACCUUAAUGAAUCAGCUAUUCAGUGGAGUACAGGAUCCAAUCAGGUGCCAAUUUCAGUGUGCAGUGAGAGCUGUCCGCCAGGUUCCCGAAAGGCCAACAGGAAAGGAGAACCUCUCUGCUGCUUUGACUGUAUCCAAUGUGCUGAAGGGGAGAUCAGCAAUACAAUUGAUUCUCUUCACUGUGAACUUUGUCCACAUGAGUUUUGGUCCAAUGCAGAGCGAACUGCCUGCAUCCCUCGCCAGCUGGACUUCCUUUCCUUUAAUGAAACCUUGGGCAUCACCUUGACUACAGCAGCUGUAUCUGGUGCUGCGGUGACAACAGCUGUGUUUGUAGUGUUUCUUUACUACCGUCAAACACCUAUGGUGCGAGCCAACAAUUCAGAACUGAGCUUCCUGCUUCUCCUGUCCCUGAAGCUGUGCUUCCUGUGCUCACUGGUGUUCAUUGGUCGUCCAUCAGUCUGGUCUUGUCGAUUCCAACAGGCAGCUUUUGGGAUCAGUUUUGUACUUUGUGUUUCCUGCCUCCAAAUCAAAACUAUAGUUGUUCUGGCAGCUUUCCGCUCAGCUCGGCCAGGUGCUGGAGCCUUGAUUAGGUGGUUUGGUCCAGGCCAACAGAGAGGAAGUGUCUGCCUCUUUUCCUUUAUACAGGUUUUCAUCUGUAUUGUUUGGCUACUGUUCAGCCCUCCUGUGCCUCAAGUUAACUUGGAUAUCCCCGGGAUAAAGGUCACCUUGGAGUGUGCCAUGGCCUCUGUGGUGGGCUUCUCUCUGGUUCUGGGUUACAUUGGUCUGCUGGCCUGCACCAGUCUCUUCCUGGCCUUUCUUGCUCGGAAACUCCCUGACAACUUCAACGAGGCCAAACUGAUCACUUUCAGCAUGCUGAUAUUCUGUGCUGUUUGGAUAGCUUUUGUUCCUGCUUACGUUAGCUCCCCUGGAAAAUAUGCUGUUGCUGUGGAGAUUUUUGCAAUUCUCGCCUCCAGCUAUGGUUUACUUUUCUGUAUCUUCGCUCCAAAGUGUUUCAUUAUUCUUUUGAGGCCGGAGAAAAAUACUCGGAAACAUCUGAUGGUGAGGUAG